AUGGAGUCUGGGAAUCUGGCGGUGCUAGCGACUCGGAUAGCGCGAGCUAGCUACGGGGUCAUUGUCCGAGAAAUCUACUCGCCAGCCAAGCACCUCAACGAGGACGUUGUUGACGACCUAUUUGAACACAAGCAGAAGUGGGCUAUCAACCAAAUAGAAUGGCUUAUUCGGAAGGGGGACGUUAUCAAUCCAGCGAAGCCGUUGGUGAAGUCGUUUGAUAUUCGUCUCAAAGCGGCAGAGACAACUAGGUCAUGGGACGCUAGAAUCGUGUCUUCUUACAAUGAAGUAUCCUUUUUACCACGCAGUAUGAAGCAGGCUGGAGCAUUCAAGCUUUGCGAAGUCAAGAGCAACCUCACGGGCGUACAGCAGGAGCAACUCAUACUCAAAGAGAAGCGAGGCACAUGUUUCUCCCGCGGCUUCAAGUUCUAUAUAUGUCAAUUUGAUAUUCGAGUCAUUGUUGCGCCUGCAGAUUUACGAUUCGAGCUUUGGUUUGCAGGCCAAAAGUUCUCUGGAAACCACGACCCAAUCGUGGUGACGUGGGAGGACGAGGGUGCUAGCACGACUAGUGAGAAGUAA